AUGUACGUGAAGAAGAGAGAUGGACGCCAGGAGCGCGUCCAGUUCGACAAGAUCACUGCUCGGGUCUCGAGACUGUGUUACGGCCUCGACACCGAACAUGUCGACCCCGUCGCCAUUACCCAGAAGGUCAUCUCUGGUGUCUAUGGUGGUGUGACCACUAUUCAACUUGAUGAUCUCGCUGCCGAGACCGCCGCCUAUAUGACCGUCACCCACCCGGACUACGCCAUCCUCGCGGCUCGCAUCGCCGUCUCCAACCUCCACAAGCAGACGAAGAAGCAAUGGUCUUCAGUCAUCAGCGACUUGUAUCACUAUGUCAACCCCAGAAACGACCGUGCGUCUCCCAUGAUUGCCAAGUCGACAUACGAGUGUGUCAUGAGACACAAGGAGGAACUCGACUCAGCCAUCGUUUACGACCGCGAUUUCAACUACCAAUACUUUGGCUUCAAGACCCUAGAGCGCUCCUACCUCCUCAAGCUCAAUGGUAAGAUUGUUGAGCGUCCCCAGCACAUGAUUAUGCGUGUCGCUGUCGGUAUUUGGGGAGACAACAUUGAGCGCGUUGUCCAGACCUACAACCUCAUGUCCAGCAAGUUCUUCACCCACGCCUCACCCACUCUCUUCAACGCCGGUACUCCUCAGGCCCAGCUGUCUUCCUGCUUCCUGGUGGACAUGAAGGACGACUCCAUUGAGGGUAUUUAUGACACUCUCAAGUCGUGCGCAAUGAUUUCCAAGAUGGCUGGUGGUAUUGGCAUGAACGUUCACCGCAUUCGUGCCACUGGUUCCUAUAUCGCCGGUACCAAUGGCACUUCCAACGGUAUUGUUCCCAUGCUCCGCGUCUUCAACAACACUGCCAGAUAUGUCGACCAGGGUGGCAACAAACGUCCCGGUGCAUUUGCAAUCUACCUUGAGCCCUGGCACGCUGACGUCUUCGAGUUCCUUGAUCUCCGCAAGAACCACGGCAAGGAGGAGGUUCGCGCCCGUGAUCUAUUCCUCGCCCUUUGGAUCCCCGACCUGUUCAUGAAGCGUGUCGAGAAAAACGGCGAAUGGACUCUCAUGUGCCCUAACGAGUGCCCCGGCCUUGCUGACUGCUACGGUGAUGAGUUCGAAGCCCUCUACGAAAAGUAUGAGCUCGAUGGCAAGGGUCGUAAGACCAUCAAGGCUCAAAAGCUCUGGUACUCUAUCCUAGAGGCCCAAACUGAGACCGGCAACCCCUUCAUGCUCUAUAAGGAUGCCUGCAACCGCAAGAGCAACCAGAAGAACCUGGGCACUAUCCGCAGCUCUAACCUCUGCACUGAGAUUAUCGAGUACUGUGCUCCUGACGAGACUGCCGUUUGCAACCUGGCUUCCCUGGCUCUUCCCGCCUACGUUGACUACAACCAGGGCGUCUAUGAUUUCAAGAAGCUGCACGAGGUUACCAUGGUUGUUGUGCGUAACCUGAACCGUAUCAUUGAUGUCAACCACUACCCCAUCCCCGAGGCUCGUAACAGUAACAUGCGUCACCGCCCCAUUGGUGUCGGUGUCCAGGGUCUUGCCGAUGCCUUCCUUGCUCUGCGCAUGCCUUUUGAGUCUCCCGAAGCCCGUGAGCUCAACAAGCAGAUCUUUGAGACCAUCUACCACGCUGCCCUGACUUCUUCUAUGGAGCUUGCCAAGGAGGAAGGCCCAUACCAGUCGUUCAAGGGUUCCCCCGUUUCGGAGGGCAUCCUCCAGUUUGAUAUGUGGAACGUGAAGCCCUCUGACCUCUGGGAGUGGGAUGAGCUCCGUGAGCAGAUCAAGCAGCAUGGUGUCCGCAACUCUCUACUGGUUGCCCCUAUGCCUACUGCCAGUACCUCGCAGAUCCUUGGCAAUAACGAAUGCUUCGAGCCUUACACUUCCAACAUCUAUCAGCGCCGUGUUCUGGCCGGUGAGUUCCAGGUUGUCAACCCUUGGCUGCUCAAGGACCUUGUCGACAUGGGUCUCUGGUCUGAUGCCAUGAAGAACCGCAUUAUUGCCGACAACGGCUCUAUCCAGAACAUUCCCAAUAUCCCUGCCGAUAUCAAGGCUCUGUACAAGACUGUCUGGGAGAUUUCCCAGCGCCAGAUUGUUCAGAUGGCUGCCGAUCGUGGUGCAUUUAUUGACCAGUCCCAAUCUCUCAACAUUCACAUGCGCGACCCAACUAUGGGCAAGAUUACCAGUAUGCACUUUGCUGGCUGGAAGCUUGGUCUCAAGACUGGCAUGUACUACCUGCGCACGCAGGCUGCUGCCGCCCCUAUCCAGUUUACUGUGGACCAGGAAGCCCUGAAGCUGGUUGAUGCCUCCAUUGCCCGUGAGCGUCUUCCGAAGAAGCGUGCUCCUCCUGCCGGCACAAGCUACAUGUCCUCGUCUGCUUCUCCCAUUGCUAGAGCGUCUGUCGCCCCCAAGGACGCGGGCAACUCUGCGAGCUCCAACGGCAUCCCCACCCCCAGUACUACCCCUCCUCCGGCCGUUACGUCGAGAGCCCCCCUCUCGUCUCCCCAGAAGCCCAACACUAUGAAGGCGGACGUCGAGGACGGUGACAGCCCUAAGGUCCUUGCCACUGAGCCUAUUGAGCAGGUUGACGAGGAGCUUACCGAAGGCAAGCGCACCAGUGACCAGGACGAGGAUGGCGAUGACAACAAGAACCGCGAACGUGAUAUUUACUCUGAGGCCGUCGUUGCUUGCAGCAUUGAGAACCCCGAGUCGUGUGUCAUGUGCAGCGGUUAG